AUGUUUCGGUCCAUGCGGCUUCUAAGAGACGCUAAUGGAUGUGACUAAUUAUUUUUCAUUCCACUCUGAAAGCAAGGCGCAUUUGAUUUUUCUUUGAUUUGUUAAAAAAAACAAAAAAAAAAACCUUAUUAUUAAGAAUUUAUUACUUGUCGUGUGUUGUCGUCUCUGCGAGCUGUCCGGUGGCUCUCUCCAAUCCUCCCAGCUGGACAGAGAUGAGUAGUCCCGAUGCGGGUUACGCCAGCGACGAUCAGACCCAGGGAAGGUGUACGCUGUCAGUCAUGAUGCCUGGAAUGGGACACUGCCAGUGGGCCGACCCUCUCAGUCCUCUUGGGGACACAAAAGUGAAAAACGAGCCGUGCGCGUCCAGCUCCGGCAGCCAGAAUCGCGGGAAAAGCGAACCUCGGAUCCGACGGCCCAUGAAUGCGUUUAUGGUCUGGGCAAAGGAUGAGCGCAAGAGACUGGCGCAGCAAAACCCGGACCUGCACAACGCAGAGCUGAGCAAAAUGCUGGGGAAAUCAUGGAAAUCGCUUCCUAUAACAGAAAAGCAGCCUUUUGUGGAAGAGGCAGAGCGGCUGCGGGUCCAGCACAUGCAGGACCACCCCAACUACAAGUACCGGCCCCGGCGGCGGAAGCAGGUGAAGAGGAUUAAGAGGCUGGACUCUGGCUUUCUGGUCCACGGCGUGUCAGAUCACACGGCCUCAUCGAUGCCCGGGGAGAACAGGGUGUGUGUGGAUGGCCUUGGCAUUGGCUACCAUGAGCACGGCUUCCAGGUUCCUCCACAGCCGCUCAGUCACUACCGUGAUGCUCAGGCUCUUGGAGGCCCCUCUUAUGAAACCUACAGCCUGCCCACGCCUGACACCUCUCCCCUGGACGCUGUGGAGUCAGAGUCCAUGUUCUUUCCCCCCCAUUCACAAGAGGAUUGUCACAUGAUGCCUGCAUACUCUUACCAGUCACAAGCUGCAGAAUUUCAGCCCCAGGACCCCCUCUCCAACCACCACAGCAACGCCAUCGUGCACCGACACCCAGCCUCGGCUCAAGAGCAGCCCCCUCAGCUCCCCCCUUCGUACAUGGGGUGCCCCAACCCUUUAGCCAUGUAUUACCCUCACCACUGCAAUCCCAGUCACACCAAACGGCACCCCGGUGGAGCAGGACAGCUCUCCCCACCUCCUGACGCUCACCCUCACUCAGCAGACAGCGUGGAGCAGAUGCACCACUCUGACCUGAUCGGUGAGGUAGACCGCAGCGAGUUCGAGCAGUAUUUGAGUUCCUCUUCAGCGCGUGCGGACAUGACAGGCUUGCCGUACGGGUCACACGAGGCAGGCAUGCAAGGACCUGAAAGCCUCAUAUCAUCGGUGCUGUCAGACGCCAGCACAGCUGUGUAUUACUGUAGCUACAACAACUCCUAACCUCCUGCCCGGCCUGUUACCCUGCAACAAGGACACAUGCUCUGACCUCAAAUCUCCGUAGCUAAAUCUGAACAAAAAAUGUUUGGUUUUUUUUUACUGAAGCAGGAGGUUUAGGAGAUUUUAAACCCAGCUUUGUACUGUACAAGAACAGUUAAUAAAGCCAUUGAGGAUUUUAGUAGGAACACUGGCUUGAACUUUUCUCUUCCUCUCUCGCAGGGAUAUGGAGUCAUUUUGUGAUGAUAAAUAUUGUACAGUCACUAUUUUAAAGUUUAUGUAUAUACUGAAUGUUUUUUUUUAUACUUUUGCACUUUUGAGAAAUAAAUGUUGGCAAAUA